GUCUGGUCACAUGAUUGUGGGACGAGGCAGAUGGGAUGAAGGGACUCUCAUCAUUUCUCUGUGCGGCCCAGGAGGUGAAGAUCUAUCUAUCUCGUUCGACAUACGUUCGGUGUGACAACAAGCUUUACUUUCUGUGCUAUACUUGCUAUUGUGCUUUUGAAAACAUAUCGUCGGAGCUCAACGGCGGGCCACCCCCUUGCAGCAUUCAUGUAAAUUGGUGCUUGUUUCGGUUCUCGAGAGGAACGUUUGAGGAUGAUUUCGCCGUGGGACCGUUGGUACUCGACGAGUUGCUGCCUCUGCUGCCAUGUCCGGACGGGUACCAUUAUUUUGGGCAUUUGGUACAUGCUCAUCAAUGCAGUUGUGCUACUCAUCCUGUUGUCGGCCCUCAAUGAUCCAGUGCAGUACCGCUACCACCUCACCAGCUCCGAGCUGGGCACCGACAUUGAUGUUAUGGAUGAUGCAAAUAUCUGCAUAGCAACAGCUAUAUCCCUCCUCAUGAUUCUCAUAUGCGGCAUGGCGACAUACGGCGCUUACAAGCAACACGGCGCGUGGAUCAUUCCGUUCUUCUGCUACCAAAUCUUCGACUUUGCCCUCAACACGCUGGUGGCCGUCAGCGUGGUGGUUUACCCCAACACGGUGCAGGACUACCUCCAGCAGCUGCCCGAGACCUUCCCUUAUAAAGAGGACAUGAUGUCUGCCAAUCAUAUGUGCCUCGUUUUCGCAGUCCUCCUCUUCAUUGGCGGCAUCCUCUCCUUCAAGGCCUACCUGAUCGGUUGCGUGUGGAACUGCUACAGAUACGUGAGCGGCGCAGGCACCACUGAGGUCCUCGUCUACGUCACCGCCAACGACACCACGGUUCUGCUUCCUCCCUACGAGGAGGUGGUCGCCAUCCCGGCUAAGGAACCCCCUCCCCAGUAUGCGGAGCCUUGAGCCCCCACCCCACAACCUUCUCUGUAAUCCCGCCAGUGUACCUCCAUCAGUAGCUAUAGCUGAGUCCUGGAUGUCGACUCCUGCCGGCAUUAGCUUAGCGGCGCCUUGAGACGGUAUUUCUGUCGCGGUAACGUGUGGUCCUCUUCACUCUGCAAGGAGACGGACAUGCGCUCGGAGUCACCCGCCGAUUCUUAAACCCCUGAUACUGUGAAUCUCCCUCGUGGUUGCUUGUUGAGUGAGGAGCAAGAGCACUUUUUCAUCCCCCCUCCCUCUUUGAAUGUAACGACGGGGUAUUUUUAAAUUUUUUUGUAAUACGUGAGGGGGGCGGUGGUCAUGGCCGCGAGGAAAUCACGCUCUUAAAAUUCUUCUGUGCACCUUUUGAGAGAAUUACAGGAAAAACGGCGACGUCUUCCUCUUUUGCGUCUUAUUUUUCUACCCGUUUGAUCGAGCUCAACGGGGCUUGGAGGCAUUUUCCUUGAACGACCUGAGAGAACGCUCUUUGUGUGCAUCACCGACUUUUUUCCAAGCAAAUGGUGAAUGGGAUCUUAGGUGGUGCAUUAACAUCGUAGCAUGAUAGCACAAACCGGUUGGAGCGCCUGAAUCAAAUUGGUAGUUUUUUUUUUUAAACUAAAUAGCAUUUAUGUGUGCAAAUAAUUUGCUGCUUACAUUUAAUGCAAAGGUUUAUUUUUAAAAAAUGCAGAUCUAAGAGCUAAUGAUUCAAAUUUAAAGAAAAUCGAACAUUCGGUGAAAUAGCUACGGCACAUUUUGCUCCCUUACGAGUCAUCACAGAAAAAAAAAAAAGUCCCAGAGUUUGCAUUAGUAACUUGUUUCCUUUCUAAUAUAGGUUGUUAUCUUAACAUUAGUAGAUACUAUCCACUUGCCGUCAGCAUGAAAUUCAACCCGCAACUCUCAAUACAGUAAAAACUUGAUUGGCCUAACAACUAACUGGGCGCCUUCAUGAGCGAGGACCACUGCUUUUGCAAAUGCAAUUAGUGAACUUGCACUUUAAAGAGACAGACGUGACAUUGCGUGUCAUUGUGUCCAAAAAAGGAAAAGCUGCAGAGCGGUUUGAUAUUCGAAGGCAGCGAUGGGAAAGCUCAGCAGUUGUUGGCGUUGAAGACAAAAUGGUGGAAGCUGCGAUGACUGAUGCCUCAGUUUAUAAUUGUCAGAAUCCCUUUGAAAGUCCUUUUAUGAUCCACUGAUGUGUCCUCAAUUCUCUUAAAUUAAAAACAAAA